AUGCCGACGCUCUCAGUCUGCUCUGCUGUUCGUGAAACUCUGGAGAAUACAGCUGUUUCUUUGCAUGCUCAUCACAUCCUAAUUUCCGGAAAGGCAUCUCCAACUUUAUUCAGAAUUAAGGGCCGCAUACCGGAUAAUGUGGACGUUAUACUAGGUUCUAACCUGAUCUUCCGUAUAUGCGGCACAGUCGACUCCGUAGACAUAGCACCUAUUACUAUACAAAAAUCUGCUGCAGCAAAACAUAUAGUCGAAUACUUCCAAACGAAUUCUCGUCAGUUGGGCAUAAGUACCGUAACUGAUAUCUUCAUUGACGAAGAUGGUUUCGCAAAGUCGCCAUCCCGGCCAGCCAACCUCAGUGUUCAUUCAUUCGUACGCCUCCUAUCGCUGGAGCUUUUGUUAUCGUGUAAUUCUACCAACCGAGAUAAACAAAUGGUCGAAGGCACCGAUCUAUUUGGCACUUAUGCUUACCUCCCACUACUGUCUGUCCUCGGUAAUCUGGUUGAGAAGUUUGUUUCGCUUCAUCUCGUAGGGUGGUAUCCGAUGAUCUUCGGCCCCUGGCGUAAUCGACUCGAUUUGGAGACGACCUACAUACCAUCUAUUGCUGACUCUGUCAGGAACAUCGCCGAGCGGUCUACUGAUCCUGACUUUCGUCGCCAAUUUCGCCGAAUCUUGAAGAUUUUGAGAAGACGUUGUUCGUCCGCUGCGUCUGAGUUGCACGCUGCUCUUUCCGACCAUUUUGGCGCUUCCGAAAUCGAAGUCGAUGUGGCAACGCCGUCAGAAGUUGAUAUAAUAUGCAUUUCACUUGAAGAACUAUUCAGGCGAACUAUUAAGCCUUCACCUUUCAAGGGCCAGCAUGUUCUAAGCCAGCCUGUCACCUCUGAUUUUGAAGAUGAUAAAUCUGUACUUGACCAACUCAGCACAGUCUCGUCAGAUGAUACUACCAAAAUCCUGAAUUCGACUUCCGAAUACCUUCUGGACGAUAACGAGGACGACGACGAGGCAGACACCCUCCAUGGUUUCACCGACGACUUUGACAUGGGACUUGAUGGCGAGGCCGACAUUGAUGCCGUACAGAGAGAAUUAUCUUGGAACUCAUUUCAAGCGUAUGGUAUCCCUGUAUUACAGCUGGAUGCAAGCGCACAUACAGACUACGAGGAUCCUUUCGCUCCCACGAGGAGUACAUCUGAAAUGCAUGACUGUCGAGGUAUUUUGAUGCGUAACAACUCCAAUCGUAAGCUUACAGAGGAGGAGCAGAAGCUUUUCCGGUUAUAUGGCAAGUUGCCCACACACAAGAACGUCCUGAUGAAAAUGCAGAAGGACCGGAAAUACUUUGAUUCUGGAGAUUAUGCCCUCUCGAAAGCUGGCGUUGCCCCUCAGAAUGCCGUUGGCACUGCUAUCCCCAACCCGGAGAACAUCCCGCAUGCGUCGUCCCCUUCAGUCAACAGCCAUCAGCCUUUAUCCAUAUCCCCAACCAACUCCUCUAUGAUGCCGGGUAAAGAGAGUCCUCUUGCAGAGCCACAAACAGCGGCAACUGUAGAUGAGGCAGAAAAACCUGAAUCAUCCGAUGAGCUGUCAACUGAUCACACGGAGAACAACUUCGAAGAGAACGAUGGUUGA